AUGGGCUCCUCCUCGUGGGACAGCCGGCUGUGGUUGCUCCUGAGACGGACUCUCGUGCUGCUGUGGCUUUGCGCGCUCGGGACGCUCGAGGCAGAGGAUGGCUCGUUUAACGGAGAGUCAUGGCUGAGGAUGUACGGCUACUUGCCCCAGGCAAACAGGCAGAUGUCCACCAUGCGCUCGGCCCAGAUCCUGACUGGAGCCAUCGGGGACAUGCAGAGGUUCUACAGCCUGGAGGUCACUGGACAGAUGGACCAGCAGACGCUCAGAGCCAUGAAGCGACCUCGCUGCGGAGUUCCUGACAAGUUCGGAGGGCAGAUAAAAACCAACGUGCGACGCAAACGCUACGCUCUCACCGGACACAAAUGGAGCAAGACUCACCUAACAUACAGCAUCCAGAACUACACCCCUAAGAUCGGAGAGUACAACUCGUACGAGGCGAUCCGCCGGGCCUUCAAGGUGUGGCAGACGGUGACCCCCUUGACCUUUGACGAAAUCUCCUACCAGGAGAUCAAAUAUGGCCGCCGCAAGGAGCCCGACAUCAUGAUCUUCUUCGCCUCGGGUUUCCACGGCGACAGUUCGCCGUUCGACGGAGAGGGGGGCUUCCUGGCCCACGCCUACUUCCCCGGGCCCGGCAUGGGGGGGGACACGCACUUUGACUCGGACGAGCCCUGGACCAUCGGAGACCAGAACCUGCAGGGUAACGACCUGUUCCUGGUGGCAGUCCACGAGCUGGGCCACGCCCUGGGCCUGGAACACUCCAACAACCCCCUGGCCAUCAUGGCUCCCUUCUACCAGUGGAUGGAGACGGACAACUUCCAGCUGCCUGAGGACGACCUCCGGGGAAUCCAGCAGAUCUACGGUCUGCCAAACAGCGCACCCACCAAGGCCCUGCCCGACGUCAUCCCCCGCCGCCCCGAUCCGCGUCCACCACAGUCCCCCCCGCAGGCGCCUCCCAGACAGCCGGAACGCCCCAGGACCACGGAAAGACCGGACCACUACGGACCCAAUAUCUGCGACGGGAAUUUCGAUGUGGUCACCAUGCUCAGAGGGGAGAUGUUUGUGUUUAAGGGUCGUUGGUUCUGGCGGGUGCGGAGGAACCGGGUCCUGGACAACUACCCGAUGCCCAUCAGCCACUUCUGGAGGGGUCUGCCCGGGGACAUCGACGCGGCCUACGAGAGACACGACGGGAAGUUUGUCUUCUUUAAAGGGAACAGGUACUGGCUCUUCAGGGAGGCUAACCUGGAGCCCGGCUACCCACUUGAGCUGACCGAUUACGGCCGAGACAUCCCGUACGACCGCAUCGACGCGGCCAUCUGGUGGGAGCCCUCUGGCUACACCUACUUCUUCCAGGGAGACCGGUACUGGCGUUUUAACGAGCAGUCGCGUGCGGCCGACAGGGACUACCCGAAGCCCAUCAGUGUGUGGGACACCUCAGUGCCCUCAUCUCCCAAGGGUGCCUUCCUCAACGAUGAUGGAGCCUACACCUACUUCUACAAGGGCUCCAGGUACUGGAAGUUUGACAACCACCGCAUGAAGAGCGAGCCGGGCUACCCCAAGUCCAUCCUGCGGGACUUCAUGGGCUGCAGCGUGGACCCGGUGGAGCCGGACCGCGACACCGACGCCGACCGCCGGUACCCCGACGUCAACCAGCCCCCCUUCAACCCCGACGUGGGCCGCGGCGGGGACGGAGACGACGGCGACAAGGACGGCGGGAAGGACGGCGGGAAAGACGGCGGGACGAAGGACGUCGACGGCGGUGACGGCGGCGGCGGCGGCGGCGACGACGACGACAAGCGUGAGGGUCGCGAGGAGAACACCAACGAGGUGGACGUGGUGCUGAAGGUGAACGACAGCGAGGAGCGCACCAUGAACAUCCUGAUGAUCACCAUUCCCCUCUUCCUGGUGCUGUGCAUCUUGGGGUUGAUCUACGCCAUCAUCAGCACGCUGCAGAGGAAGGGCGCGCCGCGGCUGCUGGUGCACUGCAAGCGCUCGCUGCAAGACUGGGUUUGACCCCCACUGAACCCCCCCCAUCCCCGACCUUUGAACUUUAGUCGUAGCUUUGGAGGGAGCUUCGACGCCGGCCCCCUCACACACAAACCCUCGGCCCCCCCCCACCCCUACUGGCGAGCCUUCGAGUGAUGCGUCGGCGUGUCUGACUCAGAGUGCUCCGUGAGUCUGUGUGCAAUCAAUGCAAGAGAGUGAGUUACGUACACGCAUACAUCACACACACAUACACACACCGACACACACACACACACAAACAAAACGCAAAUUGAGAUGUACGCAAAAAGUCGUACAUAAAACGACAUAAAACCCACGAAAACACCUGGGACAGGAAUUGUUUUCAUACUUAUACUAACAUACACACACGCACACACACACACACACACACACACACACACACACACACACACACACACACACACACACCAACCACAUCAACAUCCCUUCCAACCAUCCCCUCUGGUGCGCUGCAUCCACGGUAGUCUAUUUAUAUGAGAGAAGUUUGCACAUUCUUUUCAUCUUGUUUUUGUUUUGGUUGCGUAUUGUGUGCCAGGAGUUUCUGUAUUCUUUUCUUAUUAUUUCUUUAUUUUUUUUCACCAUUUGCCAUUUGUAUUUUCGGUUGUUGCUCCUUUCCGAACCAGGAAAGCUGUUCUGUUCUCCUUCCCGAGCGUGCGUUCCUUCCUCUCUUCACAGCGGGAUCACCUGACUCCAGGGGAACAGUGAAAUGUCUUUAUCUCUGGCUUGUUUAUCUCCGCCGCCCCCCGCUCCUCAUACACCCACACACACCGCACACACUGCUCAACAACAUGCUUAAAAGCCUGGCUGAGCAUGAGAUUGGCAGUGGAGACCUCCUAGGAGAACUGGCCAUGGAUCUGGUGGUCUGGGGCGGACGGACGGACGGACGGACGGACGGACGGACGGACAUGGGCACUUUCUGGAGGUGUUCGGGGUGUCUGGGUGGGUGGGGUGGAGUCCUUGUAAACACCACCUGCUUUCCUUUUUAUCACAUCCUGCAACCAGGUGUCAGCCACACCGCCCUUCCCUGACACCCCCCCCCCCCCCCCCCCUUCCACUGCUCUCUGACCCCCGGUCGCGGCCUGCUACCAACACUGACACGGUUCUCAGAACAAACGGGCAUUCAGUUACAGUUCACUUGCUUUCUGGCUUGCUCCCUCUCCCUCUCCCUCCCCCGCCCUCCCUCCCUCCCUCCCUCCUCCUCCUCAUGUGCCCUGGACACAUGGAGUUAACUUAAUGGGUUUUGUUAUUCUUUUUUGGAGGGUCACUUGAAGAGCUCUGCGGGUGAUGUCUUAGUGAAGUGGUUUGCUUUCACGUACGUCGAGAUAUCCGGAUAGCGGUGUUUUUUUUUCUGCGCCUCCUCUCACUGCGGUAUGCUAGCAACCUCCCUCCUUAGCGCCAGAGGAGAAAUACAUGGGCCUAAAUCAUGUGUGUGUGAAGGGGUGUGUAUUUGUGUGUGUGUAGGGGUCUGUGUCUUUGUGUUUGUGUGUGUGAAGGGGUGUGUGUUUGUGUGUGAGUAGGGGUC